AUGUGUAUUAAUACAUUCAAAACCAACAUGGCGGCGGCCAGUGUUUCUACUAAAUCGAGGUUGUUGUCUUUAGUUGAAGAGGCGGAAUGCCUCACGAAAGACCUGUUUGAGUCCACAGCAGCUGUGAGACAGAGAAUGCCGGCUUUUGAGGAUCCUCAGGUCAUGGACAUGCUAAUGAAGAAGAAUGAGGAAAUUGAAGCCACUCUGAAGAGGACUGAAGAGCAGAGGGAGAAGCGGCGGGAGAUGGAAUGCCUCCAGGAGGAAGUGGACAAGAGAGAUGAGGACAUUAAGCAGCUGCAGCGACAACUCAAGGAGGCAGAGCACAUUCUGGCAACGGCGAUCUACCAGGCCAAGGAGAAGUUGAAAGCCAUUGACAGAGCCAACAAAGGAGCCAUAUCAGCAGAGGAGCUCAUUAAGUAUGCACACCGCAUCAGUGCAACUAAUGCAGUGUCGGCCCCGCUCACCUGGGCUCAAGGUGAUGCACGUAGGCCCUACCCAACUGACCUGGAGAUGCGCAUGGGCAUUCUCGGUAGGCUGAGCAAUCUUCCCGUUGCCCAGGCAACCAACGGUGUUUCUGAUGGGACAUCAGGAGGAGACGGUGCCUCCUCAGCAGGAGGCGGUCUGACUUGGCAACCUUCCAGCGAACUAACGGCCAGUCUGAGCAUGCCCUCUGGUAUCAGCCACCACACGACAGAACUGAACCUCGACCUUGGCGCUCCAGGCCAAAACAAAGAGAACGAAGACGACGUGGAGGUCAUGUCAUCGGAUUCGUCCAGUAGCAGCUCAAGUGAGAGCUUGUGAAAAGGGUAACUGGAUGCAAACUGUGAACCCUGACACCUCUGAGUCAACUCUGGCAAAAGAUGGUCUCAAGCCAGCUGUGUAUCAAGAAAGAACCCAAAGUUGAAAUAGGGUAAGGCAUUUCAGAAUUCAUCGGGGUUUUUCCCAAGCAAUGUAGGCUUUGAAUGUAUCCUAUCAGAGCACUGCCGCUUGGCCUCAGUUCAUAAAGUCAUCACAGACUUUUGUUUUGAGAUACUCUGUGGUUGCACGGUCAAAAUGCCCAGUCAUCCGUCAAUUUGACGAGGUGUUUUUCAACAACUCAAAGAGUCAGUCAGGAACAAACCCAAUGUUUGUUGCAAGUUGCCACUGUUAGACAUUUCAAUUAGCAGUUUAACAAAAAUAGGGGUUAUGGUUCACAGUGUCAUUAAUUAUGAGUGUGUCACUCUUCAAAGUCUCAAUAGAAAGUGAGUUGUACAUAUUUUGUAAAUAGUUUUAGUGGUAGAUUUCAUGCUUGCCUGUUAAUCAGAAGGCACUGGGCUCUGAUCGACAUAAAGUGAAAAAAUAAGAACAUUGAUGCUUGUGAA